AUGGAGGAAACCGCCAAGGAAGUGCCGGUUGCAAGGGAAGUUUUGCUGUCAACGGAGGAUGUUAAUGCCCUGGUUCAACACGUAGCAGCACGAAUCCCAGCAUCCGCGCAAUUGGACGAAGGAGACUUGGUGGAAAGAAUCGCUUUACGACUCCCACAGCUCCAAGGGGGCCAAGAAGAAGGAAGGCCGAAGCAAAGAACAUUCACGAAGAAAGGAUUUGAGGAGCAGGCAAAAUUCAACGACGGAAUCAUCGCGCUACUCGAGAGAGCCAAAAAGGAGCCGGCGGGAGAGCAUUUUGAAAAGGCAAUUACCGAGCUCAAAAACCGGAAUGACGUGUUGGCCAUAGCGGACAAGGACCCGUCGGUAUUUGAGUUUAUCGAAAACAAAAGAAAGGCGGAGGAGAUGAAGACAGUGAAUCCGUUGCUGGCAGAAUAUCCGUUGCUGGCAGAAUACCAAUAG